AUGUCUGAGACCGACACCAGCGCAAAGCAGCAUUCUGCCUGUGAUGAAUGUCGAAAGCGAAAGCUCAGAUGUUCAGGUCAACCCACGGGAUGUACCCGAUGCACCAAACAGCACUUAACAUGCCACUACUCCCUACAGAUGCAGAUGGGACGCCCGCGAAAGAGACGGAAAAUUGCUGAAGAACCCGGAGAGGGCCAACUGCAGCAUUCAGCACUGGCCGAGAUGCUAGUGUCGAAUGAGAAUGGUCUAAAUGAAGCGAACCAACUUGUUCAGGAUGGAUUUCAAACCGUUCACCAGGACUCAUGUCCAAUACCAAUGCCCAGCUCCACCAGUUCAGCCACAGCUCCAUCAUCAGCACCUGUACCCGAUGAAGAUCUGCUCUUUGACGACUUUGGCUCUUUUAGUAACAGUAUCAACCAUAUCGACAAUGAUGCCACGCCUCCAUCCCACUCACCGCCCACCCCAUCGCUUUCCGCCAUGCUCGAAAGCUUUCCUUCCACUUUCGACUGGAACGAUCAUUUCAACACAACCAAUCUCCCCGUCAGCGUCUCAAAUGCCUGCAGCCCGAAGAUACGGACGUCAACCCACUUACCUCCUAUUGCAUCAGAUGGGCUUCCCACUCACCACAAUAAUCCCGUAGUAACCUCAGCUCCACCCUCCUUUACACCCUCUCCGGUUGCUCUACCCUGCACCUGUCUUCCAGACAUCUACCUCGCUCUAUCUAACUUGUCUACUCUCACCUCCCUUCCCAUGAAUCCGAACACGAUCGAAACACUCCAAACUGCUACCCGUACCGGCCACAACGUCCUCUACUGCCCCAAGUGUCCCCAAAAGUUCCAAUCCAACAUGCAAAACAUCAUGCUCCUCGCCACACUUCUAAGCGGCAUCGCCGAUAGCUGGUCUCGUAUCCUCCGCACCUCACCCCAAGAUCUAGCCCGCGGCUUCUCCAUUGACCCCAACGUCCGCUCUUCCACCAGCACAGAUACAGCCAACUCCCAGACCGAGACCGAAGAAGCAGAAUGGAAACUAUUUGCGCAUUAUCUCAUCCGUCAAUACGUGUUCGGGGAUGCUCCACCCCCUGGCAUCCACCUACCGGGUAUUUGUCCGAUUCUGUCAUCCGCCUCCUCGUCGGCAUGCCCUUCCAAGCCACCACUCAUCAUCCUCCAAAACCUCUGUGACGCCUUUGAGCGCCGUCAGAAGACCUACCACGGCCUUGUUGUGGCAACCGGCGAAUUUCCCCGAGCCUACCAGAGCACUGAAGCUUCGGCAACGCUAGGAAGGGUUAAUUGUGAUAAGGAGCUAAGAUCGAAGAUGUCCAAUGCGACGCACCACGAGAAGAAUGAGGCUUUAUGUCUUCGGAUAGUGGAAGGGGUCAGGAGCACGUUGGCGCUGCUAGAUACCCGGGCAGACCCUGAAAGGAGGACGGAGUGGCAGGUCAGGUUGAAUGAUAUCUUAGGACGUUAA